AUGCUUUCUGGACCUACCUUAGCUUACUUUAUUUAUUCUACUGGAGACUGUAACUGCUUUGAUGCGGCUUUGAAGAUACACGACAAAAACGAAUGGUACCAUAAUAGUGAAAAGAUUUACAAGCCAGCUUUGGUCAAAAUCUCAGGUCACUCACCAUUUUCACAUCUCACCAAGAAUAUUAUUUUAGCGGAUCUAGACUACACUUCAACACGUUACUUGGCAUAUACACGCACUGACUUCCAACACGGAAAAAUGACCAUCAAUGAUAGAACAGAAAUAAUGAAUCUUGCAAAGACCUGCUUGACGAACAUCAAAGCCACCGCUGAAGCAGAUGAGUACAAGGAAAUGAAGGAUCUCCGAAUUAAAGAAUAG